AUGCAAUCAUCCAUUUCUCUCACUUCUUCUUACUAUUCCACCGUUUCCGAGCCACGACACUCUUUUCCGCUCUCCUGUUGCAGCCUCGCUCCUUCAACUCUCCGCUUCUGCGGUCUCCGCCGCCAGACACUCACUUCCAGUUCCCUCAAUCACCACUCUCGCCACCGUCGGCGGGACUACACAGCAGUGUUUGCCGCGAUUUCUGAAAACCGUACCGCUCCCACAUCGUUCGACUACGACUUGCUCAUCAUCGGCGCUGGUGUGGGUGGCCACGGCGCCGCACUCCACGCAGUGGAGAAGGGCUUAAAAACGGCCAUUGUUGAGGGAGAUGUGGUUGGAGGGACGUGUGUGAAUAGGGGCUGUGUUCCUUCUAAGGCUCUUUUGGCUGUGAGUGGUCGUAUGCGAGAGCUGCGGGAUGAUCAUCACUUGAAAUCGCUGGGUUUGCAGGUAUCCGUUGCUGGGUAUGAUAGGCAAGCAGUUGCUGACCAUGCUAAUAAUCUUGCUUCCAAAAUCCGUGGCAACUUGACCAAUUCCUUGAAAGCACUGGGAGUAGACAUUCUCACUGGUUUUGGAACGAUUUUGGGUCCCCAAAAGGUGAAAGUUGGCUCUUCCAACAAAGUGAUAACUGCGAAAGACAUCAUCAUUGCCACUGGUUCAGUUCCUUUUGUUCCUAAGGGCAUUGAAGUUGAUGGGAAGACUGUGAUUACCAGUGACCAUGCACUUAAACUGGAGACUGUUCCAGAUUGGAUAGCAAUUGUAGGAAGUGGUUAUAUUGGCCUUGAAUUCAGUGAUGUUUAUACAGCUCUUGGAAGUGAGGUUACUUUUAUUGAAGCUUUAGACCAGCUCAUGCCAGGAUUUGAUCCUGAAAUUAGCAAGUUGGCUCAAAGGGUCCUCAUAAAUCCCCGAAAUAUUGACUAUCAUACUGGAGUUUUUGCAUCAAAGAUCACUCCUGCAAGAGAUGGAAAACCUGUCACGAUCGAGCUCAUUGAUGCAAAGACGAAGGAACAGAAGGACAUUUUGGAGGUGGAUGCUGCACUAAUAGCAACUGGAAGGGCUCCUUUCACACAAUGUCUUGGAUUGGAGAAUAUUGAUGUUGUAACACAGCGUGGUUUUGUUCCUGUGGAUGAGCGCAUGCGAGUACUUGAUGCAAAUAGAAAACUGGUUCCUCAUUUGUAUUGUAUUGGUGAUGCAAAUGGCAAGAUGAUGCUUGCUCAUGCUGCCAGUGCACAAGGAAUUUCAGUGGUUGAACAAGUCACUGGAAGAGAUCACGUGCUCAAUCAUUUAAGCAUACCAGCUGCUUGUUUUACUCAUCCUGAAAUCAGCAUGGUUGGAUUGACUGAGCCUCAAGCAAGGGAGAAAGGUGAAAAGGAAGGUUUUGAAGUAAGCGUUGCCAAAACAAGUUUUAAAGCUAACACAAAGGCCUUGGCUGAAAAUGAAGGAGAGGGUCUUGCGAAGUUGAUAUACAGGCCUGACACUGGAGAGAUACUGGGAGUUCAUAUUUUCGGGUUGCAUGCUGCUGAUCUCAUCCACGAGGCAUCCAAUGCAAUAGCGUUAGGAACACGUAUUGAGGAUAUAAAGUUUGCGGUUCAUGCUCAUCCGACUUUGUCUGAGGUGCUUGAUGAGCUGUUUAAAUCAGCAAAAGUUAAAGCACCAGCUUCUGGGUCAGUAAAGGAAGCAGUUGCAGUUUAA